AAAAUUUUUGCUGAACAAUCCGAUUUGGAUGAUUUCUUUCUUAAUCGUCAGAAGGCGAUUCCAAGAAGGUUGACGGCUCGAGAUGCGGAGGGUCCUCGACGGCUGAGAGCGACCCCCCUCCCGGUCGCCCGAUGGCGUCUCGGCCCUCCAGAUGCAGCCCCACUUCGGCAACGACUCCGCCCCUGCGCCCCCGCUGACCCGCUGCGAGCCCUGGGGCGAGACCCGACACCUGCUCCUGCAGGCGGCGCACUGCCUGCUGGCCGCAGCGCUGGCCGUACCGGUGGCGCGCCGCCACGCCAUCUACGCCUUCGCCUCGCGCCUGCUGAUGGCGCUCUCCUUUCUGGCGGCCUGCGCCUGGGCCGCCUUCGGCCGCGCCUGCACCAGUCCGGACGUGCUGGCCUGGAAUGCGACCCUGCUCGUGGCCAACUGCGCGCAGGCUGCCUAUCUCGCCUACAGUCACCUGCCGCCUAGGAUCGCCCCGGAGCUGCAAGAGCUUUAUCUGAAGGUUUUUGCACCCCUGAAGGUGGGUAAGGACCAGUUUCGUCAGCUGAUCCGUUAUGCUCACAUCGAACCUUUAGAUACGGGGGAGCACUACGCUCUGGAAGGGGUCACCACCACUGAACAGAGACUCUCCGUCCUCCUUUCUGGAAAGAUGAAGGUGACUUGCGAAGAUGUCCUCCUGCAUUACUUGUUGCCGACAGAAUUCGUGGAUUCGCCAGAGUGGGAAUCCUGCGCCUCCAACACAGACAAACACUUCCAAGUGACUCUCUCAGCGACCGAGCCCUGCCAACUGCUGUGUUGGGGCCGCAAGGAGCUGCAGACAAUCCUGGCCACGAACCCGUUCCUGGACGUGGUGAUGUACAAUCUGAUCGGAAAGGACAUCACGCACAAGCUGUACUCGCUCAAUGAGCAGCACCGGAAAGACGCCGCCGCCGGCGGGAAACUCUCGAUCGCCGAGUCGCUCGACUUCUGGAGGAAUCCCUCGGACAAGCAGCGCAGCCACUCGCUCGACACCCUGCACACGGGCAAGAGAGGACAUGUCCGAUCCGUCUUCUGGAAGAAGCCGGACAGGCUAGACAGGCGAACCAGCGCAGUUUUCGUCGAAAAGCUAGGCGAUUCACGCACCAUAAACUUUUCAGAUCCAGGCCCUGUGAAACACAAGAGAAGGUUCCCACCACGGGAAUCGGAAUUUGAAACACCCAUUUGAAACAAGAGCUGCCGUCCACAUGGAGAGAAUAGUUGUGAUCUACUAGUUCUACGAAAUUCAUGAGCAAACCCGUGGCAUUCCUGUACGAAAUACAAUCUUGAUAUAUCGAUAUUCGGUAUAAAGUCAAUCCAAUGUUGGCCUAGAAGUUCUGAAACUUUUCAGCUAUACAAAACUAUUCUUUACCCAAAUGUUGCGACUACACUUGUGGUAAAGUUAACCUGAUACUGUCAGCUAUCUAGAUGCGGCACAAGCAUGUUAGAAAAAAAAAAAAAAAAAAAAGUAAAAUUAAACAAAUAAAUAAGGUAAUUAAAAUGUAAACUAAUGUUUAUCAACGUUUGUCAAU